GGGUCGUUUUGGCGCGUGUUGAGACCUGUGUCAUGUUGCAUAUUUGUAUCCAAACCGCGCGAAAGUAUUUCUGCUGUGUGUGGAUCUUCAGAAAGGGACAAUAUUAUUGCCUUAAAAGCUGUGAAUUUUAUCCUUUAUAGCUUUACCAAUUUUAAAAACCAAUUGUGCUUGGAAUUUGCAUUGAUGGAUAGUAUUGAAUCAUCAUGAUGGUAACAGUUACUCAAGUCAACGAUGAUGCGGAGGGGUCAGAUACAUUUCUGUCCCUUCUUACCAAAUUGGAAGCCAAAGGAUUGUUGCCAGAAGAAAAAAUAGCAACCUACAAGAUGUUGACGGAGAAAUUAUACAAAGACAAUUUCCAAGCAUUUCUAACAGAAUUCAAUCAGAGUGGGUCAAGACUUGUUAAUACCUUCUGCAUUGAUGUGAUGAGCUUAACGCCUGACAUUUCCCAGGCUGCAUUGCAAGCUGUUGGCUUUUGUGUCUAUCAUGAAGAAAUUGUCAGCAUCCUAUCAGAAUCUGAUAUUGAUAUUCUCCUCAAAGCCCUACAGAAUGUGUUGUUAAAAACAAGUGAUAAGGGGACCUGCACACGUGCGCUUUGGUGUAUCGCUAAGCAGAGAUUUUCUGUCCGCCAUGUCAAACCCCAUCUGCAUGGGUUGUUAUGUUCUUUGGACCAUGUACUUUUAAAUGGUGAUUUCAAAUCCGUUACCGUGGAACAUGAGACCAUUAAUGCCAUAAUAAAACUCCUGGAAACAUUACCAGAUGAAAUGCUGGCAAACACCUUACGUUGGGCGAAGUUGAUCCUACCAUCACUUGUCCACUCAGCUGUCAAAGUGCGCUUAAGGGCUUUAUUAGCCCUUGAGUUGGCUCUACCAGCCAUGGUGAAGUUCAGGCAGGAGCUAGCCUCCACAGUGGUACAAGAGUUAAAGACCAACAUCAUUACAGAGAUGAGCAAACUGUUUGCCUGCAAACAUGAACUUUAUGUUCUUAAGAUCUGGGGCCAAUUUGUGAUUUUACUAGGCAAGACAAUGCACCGGGGUGGUAGUUUGAUAAACUUGAUGCUUGGACUAGCGGAGCAAGGGUUCAAGCAUCAACUUACAGAUGUUAAGAUUGCUGCAUUUCAUGCUUGGAAGAUCCUCAUUGAGAAUUUUGCACUAGAUCCAGAUAUUCUGUAUAACCAAAAGCGUAUCAAACUGUUGGUGCAGCCAUUCAGAGUAAACAACGCAAAGACAGAAGGUGUUGCUAUGGUGAAGUUUGAAGUCUGGUGGUUUCUGAUCAAGGCACUCGGACCAAAGGCAGCAACAAACUUCGAUCAGGUUUGUGCUCCACUGUUGCAGUUUUCUCUUGGAUUAGCAUCCUCUAAUGGUGUGCACAUUCCACCAACAUCUUCCGGUGCAGGGAAUGGAAUGAAGCACCUUCUCAGCACACCGGUACACAGGAAAGUAGGUAAUACAACACCCGUGACACCUACACUGAACCUUAACAUUGGUUCUCCAGGCCCUAUUCACCCAGUCUUCAAAUCUAUUCAACUGAAGGGUGUUGAGGCCCUGGCUCACAUCCUAGGCAAGUGUGAUUCAAGCUCACCAAAGCCUACUUUCACACUAGAGCCACUUGAGCAUGACAUUAUCACAAGCCCAACCCUCUUUAAUAAGCUAGGCCAUACCCUUCUACAUGCUGCAACGCUGGUCUGCUGUUCCUUAGCAACAGAUGUUGCAGAUGUUCAAGUAUUCAAUAUGUGGUAUUCAAUUGUUGCCCACCUCAGGAAUUUGAUUGACAACACACCAAGGAACGACACCUCAGAUAUGUUGUCUCAUUUCUUUAUGUGUAUUCAGAGUAUUAUUAAAGCUGAGACCUUGCCAAAAUAUACAGUAUUGAGAUUGUUGGAGGCUGUGAGUGCAUUACCCAAAAAGGCAUUAAGUUCUUCAUUUUUCACAACCGGAACAGUCCAACUUCUUCAUGGCACCCCUGCUUUGUUCCUCAUAGGUUUACUCUUUAGUGACUGUCUUGUCCAUGAUCUAGAAGAAAGGUUUUUUUGUAUCUUUGAGGCGUUGGUUGAAUGUGGCAUGACAACACCAGGUGGAGCAUUGGGGUUUUCGCAAUCAGUCUUUAGCCUUCUGGAUACAGCCACUAGUAAAGUAUCAAACAAAGAGCAUGUUUGCAGACUAUGGAGCACUGUUGUAAACCCUUUGCUUGUUGAAAUUGAAAAGACAAAUGAAGUCAACCAAGGAGAUUCAUUGGAGCAUGACUUUAGCACUAUGUAUGCUGCCCUCGCAUUUCCAGUAAUACACAUUUUACCAAAGACAAUCCCUCUGGCUAAUCAGAAGAGUUUACUGAAGACCUGGACUGAACUUUACCAAGCAUUUGCUAGGUGUUCAGCUCUAGUGGCCACAUCAGAAGCAAAUCAUGCCUGUGAAGAACUCGCACAAAAGGUUAUCAGAUUACUGGAUGACAAAAUGCUUUCGAACUUGUCCACCUUGGUUGCUUUAUCUGAGAUCUGCCUAGUCUUGAUUAACAACCUCGACUGGUCUGCAUUAACCAAUGAAAAUCAUGGAAUGCUGUCCCCUCAUAAACGGGCAGGACUGAGCAGACGACCUUUGGGGAACCUAACAUCAGCUGUGAAGUUUCUUUGUAGAGUAAUUGAAGCCUUCCAUGGCAUUGAUAAAAAGGUGUCCACAAUGGAAGCCCACUUCAUGCCAGCCAUUGACAAUUUGCUUGAAGUUGUAUCAAAACUUGUUAGUCACCUGACUAUGCAAAAACACCUGAUCUCACUGCUGGACAAAGUUGUGAAACCUGUAGCUGCUUUCUAUGAUGUGUCAUUAAGAAAAUUUGUACCCAACCCGUCACAUGUAUCAACCUUAGAUGAAAAACUUAAAAAGUUAUUGGCUGACCUUUUGACCAUCGUGCAAAAUAGGAUCAAGGGUCCGUAUGAUAACAAACUACUCAUGAUUUUGUCACCGAUUUUAGAAAAGACUAUCAGUCAUCCAAAAGGCAGCUUUAAAAGCCAAUCUGUUCUCUUCUGGAACGCUACAUUUGGGAAGGCAAAACAACUUGACUAUCCAGAUUCAAUAAAGCCUGUGUUGAAUAAGGUAAAGAAAGAAACACCACUGUUACUACCAAGCUGGUCAGAUACACACUUUGAUGUUGUUGAAGAAACUCCCAUCAGUCAACUAACUGAGAUGGAAAGCAAUACACAGAGUUUUGUGGAACCAGCACCAAUUGUCCGACCGUUUGGAUCUCCAUCACCGCAUAAGAUGCAUGGAAGCUUUUUGCGACGGCCAACAGAAACUGAAAAACUUGUAAAUUUAUCAUCACCCAGACGUAAAUCUCCUGCACAUUUUGGAUCACCAUCGCCCAAAACCUUGUCUGCCACUAAAGGAACAUGUAGACGUCUUAACAUUGACGAGGAUAGUAAAUCUACAUUUGUUAAAAUCGCUGCUUCUCCAAAGAAAAAACUAAUAUUGACAGAACACCAGAAAGAAGUGAUGAGAGAAAGAGGCGUGGUACCAACUAUGUACAAUGAUUUAGACCAAUCUCAGGACACUCAACUAUUUUCAAAUAUGUUCAGCCAAACUCAAGAUAACUCUAUGAAUACAUGCAUCAACUAUAUUGUAGAGAAAGAAUCAAUUAAAUGUGAUGGUCCAAAGAAUGGAAGUUCCUCACCAACCAGCAAAGUCUGUGAUGCUGACCAUCUAACAACUCGAUAUACUGAUUGUCCUUUACUGGAAGAAGCUGUUGGACCUGAUUUCUUUUGGAGAAAUACAGGCAUGAAUGGUGUUACCAAAGAUGAAGAACACAGAAAGAAAAAACUUAGUUUUGCAGAUGCAAUUGAUGCAUCUGCAUCUUUACAUAAUGGAGAAUCUGCCAGUAAUUGCACAAUAGCUGAUAAAACAGAAGUAAAUACAUCGGCUAAGAAACAUAAUAAAAAUUGUGCACCUUCAGAAAGCAACCAGGACAAAACAGAAAAUACUUGUACAAAUAUAGUACGAAGUACAAUCUCUGAGGUUGUAGAUUCAGAAAUCAAUAGUGAAUUAUGUGCAGGUGUAGAAGAUAAAAAAUUAAAAAAAGAAUCAAGCAGUACUAAUGUAGAGGAAUUCAACAUUGCGCCAAUUGUGUCUAUUGCAGAGACACAGGACAGUUUAAUCAUCACACAGGACACUGCCCCAAUUACUGUCCAAUUUAGUCACCUAACCCCAGAGAAAAAAUCUUCUAGUCAGGAUUCAAUUAAAGAAUCUCCAGUCAUCAAAAAGCUUAUAUCCACACCCGUUUUAAAACUUAUGCGCCUGACUGAAGAAAAUGUAGAAAGAUUGAGCCCUCAAAAUUCUAAAGCAUUUAGAUCUCUAGAUAUCACCAGUAGUCCCAAUGUUUAUGGAAGUCAACCAGAAAAAGAAUUAAAGAAGCAAUCAUUACAAAGAUCAAAAUCAGAAGACACUAUACGCCAUAGUCCUUGUAAAGUGCAGAGAUCAGCAAGUAUAGGUGACGGUGAGAAAGACAUCCGUAAUCGAUUGAAUUGUACUCAGGAUGACCUUGCGAGAUUAGCUGAGAAAUUUGAAUUUGAUGAUAUUAGACCAUUGAAUGAUGACUCGGAAAAUGAAGAAGGUGGUGAACUAAAUGCUUCUCAAAUAUCUUCACAGAACACAAAUACUAAAGAAACUGUUAAGGCAAAGAAAUCCAAAAGGACAUCUAAUAAAGUGAAGAAUGACACUCCAGUGAAAAGAAGUGCAAGAAAUUUAAAAAAUAAAAUUAAAUCUUUGGAGCCCAUUGAUGAAAAUGAAGUAAAAUCACUUGACUCACAAGAACCUCAGAGACAAAAGACAGGAGAUAAUAUACUGUCUGCUAAAUGCGAUGAGAAUGAACCUAUCAAAAAUAAAGGAAAAAGAGGAAGGAAAAGGAAAAAUGAAAACAAUGACAGCCAUGCAUUAAUCGAUGCUGAAUCUGAGGAACAUAAUGGAGAGAGUAAAAAUGAUAACAGCCUGAUCCAAACAGAUAAAAGAGAAAGCAAAAGAAGGAAAAAGUUUGGUGGUUCUGAAAAAUCUGUAGCAGAGGAAACAGAUUCGAGUACACCUACCAAUCACAAUAUUGCUGAAAAAUCAUUUGUUGGUGAGCUUGAUGUGGACAAUAUUUCAUUUAACUCUUGUGAAGAUAUGUUUGAAGGAAUGGGUGGAACACAAGAUAUAGGCAUUAAUCAAAAACAUGUCACUGAAGAAGUCAAAACAGAUGCCAAGCCUGUAGCUAAAAAGACAAAAGUAAUAAAAACAUAUGGAAAGCAGAAAUUUGUUGAAAUUGAUGUUGCUCAGAAAGAUUUUGACAUUAAUUCUGACAAACAAUUAGGAUUUGAAAGUGAGGAUGAUUUAACACUUGCUGAAAUAAAGGAAUGUUAUUUGGAUGGGAAUAGCCAGGAUUCAACUGAUGAUGAGAUAACCUUCAUGACUAAAGUUAAAAAGACUAAAGGUGGUACAGGAAAAGAGAGGUUGUCCCAGAAUCCUGAUAAUCAUUCUAAGGAACCAGAUGGAAGUGAAUCUGAAGAUGAACUACCUUUAUCACAGCUUAAAGAAAAUACAAAACAAACACAAGAUAAAAAAUUGUCAAUGUUGAAAUCAUCUUUUGCCAAAAAAAAAAGCCCAGAAUCAGUUUUCUCCAAGAAAGCUUUACAGCGUGCAAUAAAGUCUCCAGCUAAAAGAACUCAAUUGAAAUCUACUCCUGGAAAAACAUCUAAACCUGGAAGGCCUAUAGUUUUCCCACGCCGUUUGCGAUCAGAAACGGUUCCAGUAGCCUCCAGAUUGCGAUCUAAAUCUGGAGAAUCAAUCAAGAGUCGUAGAAUUACACCAGUGAAGCGGAGAUGUUCCACUCCUAAAUUUUCUUCAAAGACAAAGCCGUCAUUUUUUGAAGGCAUGUCGAGUGAACCACUAAAUUCUCAAGAGUACAAAAUGUUUAACAUGGAGGAUUCAAGUUUUAAAAAUGAUGAGAAAACUUUAGGAGUUAUCAGUGAGUGCCGUGAAGAAAUUGUGCCAAAGGACACUGCAAACUAUGUGGAAAAAGAGAAAGUAUCUGAAGUGGAUAUUAAACUCUCUGACGAUACAGACACUAUGGCUCUAAAAGAGAACAUUUCAGGCAAUUUUGAUAGUUUGAAACAAAAGUGUGAAGAUAUUGACUUAGUUGGUGAUAAAGAAAUUAAUGAAGAGAGAAAAACCAAGACGCCAGAAAAUGUUUUUCCACCACAUAUCUCGGAAAAAAUUGAUGAAAACAAUGAUAUUACAAAAAAUAGCAAGACAGAACAGAUAGAAGAGAUAAUUAUCAAGAAGCAAAUUGACAUAGAAAAGGAGCAGACAAGCAAGGUCAUUGGUCAAAAACAAAGGAAAGGAGUUUUAGAAAAUGAACUCAUUGAAGCAGUAGUUGAAAAGGCAAAAGAUGAUGUGAAAGAGUUCAAAACAGGCACCAUUUCUGUUGAGAAAGAAUUUACCAGUUCAAAUCAGACAUCGGCUGUUGAUGCCACUGCCUCUGAUGAUGUUAGGAGUCAGGAUGAUGAUAUGGCAGCAAAUGAUGAUCUUAAAAGAAUUUUUGAAGAUGCAGAUGAUCCUGAGGAUAUCAUACACAGCAGUCAAAGUCCUACCAAAUCAGAAGUGUCUGAGAAAGCAUCUCGUAUUGACAUCUUGAAACAAAGACUGUCUGAAAUGAAAGAGUCUGCCAAAGUGGCAACUACCAUGAGUUCAAACCUGGCCAAAUCAAUUUCAACAGCAGUUGAGAAUCUUGCAACCUCUCCAGUGAUUCCAAUGAAGUUCAGUCAAUACAACUCCCCUCCUGGCCAAUCAAGUAGGAAAUCUACUGACGAUGGACUGCCAGACCACUCAAUACCGGGAGUAUUCUCACCACAUGUGUCUCCUAGUGCAGGGAUCCUUAAACAUCAACCUGGAUCAAGUAACUCUCCUUCACCAAAAACCAGACGAGUAAGUUUUGCUGAACCGAUUGAGCAACUAAACGCUAAAUGUUUGUCUCCAACCAGUGACGGAGGUAAAAAUGUGAACAGGUGUUUGGAAAUGAACCGGCCACAGCUUCCAAUGUCACCACUUGUAACAACAACCCCUUCAAAAGUAGUCAAUGUCAAUUCUAGAUACAUAACAACACCAUCAAGUUCACGGAGGAGUACAGUAAAAAGUGUAAGCUGUGGCGGUAUACGAUUUCGAAAAACACUGAGUGAUCGCAGGAGGAAGUUGCGCGAUUACAGUCACGCAUCACCAAGACUCGUCAAAAAGGCUUUUCGGUUGGGUUCCAACGGCUCUGACGGUAGCCAGCAUUCGCAGCUUACUCAAGGCUCUCCAGGAAGUGGAUUUGACAGUGACCAGGAGAGGGAUGAGUUUGACUCUCAACAGGCUGUCUUUCCCCUGUUGAUCAACUGCACAGCUCCAGUUGUCAGGAUCCUCCCUAAGCUCACAUCUUCAAUGUGGUCAAGAGGGUUGGGUCAGUUGAUCAGGGCCCGAAAUAUUAUCACAGUAGGACAUCUUUCUGCUUUGACGCCAACAGAUCUUAGAACGUUGCCAAUACGAUCACCAAAAGUCAAGACAGUGAAGAAAGCCCUGGAGACAUUCCAUCAACAAUUGAUUGCUAGGGGAGACAAUGAGGUCCAACAGAAUGUAAAAAAUGCAAUUCAAAAGGAAGGAACAUCAGAUAAAGAGAAAUCCACAAAUACAUUGGGAACCAGCACAGAUGUUGAAACUCUACUGAAAAACACUGGCACCGUCAUCUCUGAAAUGGACAAAUUAUCGCAGACGUUAAAAGAAAAUUCUCCUGUGAAGACUAAAGUUACAGAGAAUCAUAUUCAGAAUGAUUCUUUGAGAAAUGUGGCAGUUGUAAGUGGUGUUGUCAGUGACACAAACUCAGAUCCUGUUGAAAAUAACUCUGAUAAAGACUCGAGUAGCAGAAAUUCACUAAAGAGAAAGUUAGAAGACACUACACCUAAAAAAUCUAAGAAAUGUAGACUGGUGGAUAAUUUAGAGGAACUAGCAAGCGAGUUUGUCAAUGAAGAUCUAUCAGAACUCUCGAGCGAGCAGAUCUUCAGGGCUCACCAACAAGUCAGCUCUUUGAUGGUGUCCAUCGUGCAAGCACUGCGAACUAAAUGCCAAUCACCUAAGUAGUCUGAAAAGGGCCAUUGCCUUUUCUUUGCAUUAACUCAUCUAAUUUAUUAAUGACUGUCCAUUGCAUGGAUUCAGUCACUGUGAAUAUAGUUAAUGUGAUUUUUGUUUAAGCCUGUGACAUAAUUAUUGUGUGUAAAGUUGUGAAUUUUCUCUUUUACAGUUGAUUCAAAUGUUAUCCUAUUGGAAUUAAAAUGACUUUUGUACAUGUUAUUGAUGAUGAGUAUUACAGUAAUUAUAUAUGAUAGGAUACCAUCUAAAUGUUAAUCUGUAGUUUCUUAUUUUAGUAGUCUAUUUUAGCAUUAAUUGGUGUAAUCACAUCAUUUCUACUCUGUGAUGCAAGUUUGAUAUAGAAUAAAACGGUACAUGUUUAUUUUUGUACAUUUCUGCAAACUUUAAUGAUAUGAUAUUAAUCCGUUUCUAUGCAAGUCAAUUCUAUUAAGAUGUUAUUUCAUCAGGUUUAAAUUUAAUACAAGAACUGUUUUGUUAAAUUUUAAAAUGGUAUUACUGUACCAAUA